UCCCUUCUCAUUCCCUUUCCAUUCCCUUCCCCUUCCUUUUCUUCCCCUUCAACUUCAACUUCAACUUUGAUUUCCAUUUACUUCCCUCUGUCGUCGCUCAUUUGUUGACAUCCUCCAUACCAUAUCAUCUUCCUCGACCAACAUGCCCUUUCUCGCCGGGAGCCUCGUCCAGCGCGGCCUGGACGCUUAUGCCCAGGCUGAUCACGAAAACACGACGUAUCAGGUGCCACGCUGGGGAAUCUUGAUGAUUGGCUUCACGGCCAUGGUCUUCCUCUUCAUCUCGGCCAUGAUUAAUUACACCUUUGGCCGUCUUGUGCCCACGCUUAUCAUGAUCGAGUCUCCCGAUGCCUUCCUCUUCGAACCCCUCUCCACUAUCGAUCCCGACGCAGCCCUCGAUGGCAACGACGCGGCCGCCGAUUCAAAGGUCGUCGGAAAGCCCAUCACGUCCUCGUUCCGCCGCACUAUUAAGCACCUGCAAUCCAAGGGUGGUUUCCGUGCUUGUUUCCGUGGCUUCAGCGUCUCUGCCGUCUAUACAUUUCUCGCCUCAUCAAUCGCAACACCAAUUUCCGCCUUGCCCUUCAUCCCAAGAUGCGUUGGUCCCGUCGUCGCUUCAGUCGCGUUGGCCACUCUCUCCAUGACGUGGACUCACAUCGUGAUCUCGGACCCAAACCCAAAGCCCUGGUACCGACGUCUCGCGCCUCUCAGAUCGUGGAAGAAAAUUGCUGCGCCAGCCGCCGCUCUCGCUGUUGCCGAGCAACUGGCCGUUUUCGUGCCCACUGCUCUCGGUAGGCUUUACGGCUUCCAAGACUUGCCCCUGACCGCGCCCGUCAUGUCAGGCCGCGAGAAAGGAAUGUUGGCUCCCAAGGCUUUCUCCAUCUUCGUCAUCGGUCUUGUUCUUGCAUGCUUGCUCGUUCUCCCAGCAGAGGUCAUCCUGACCCGUGUCCAAGCCUCGCUCCUCGAUGAUGCCGAGGAGACCAUUAUCCCCUUCGACCGCACCUUCGGCGGCAAGGUUGAACCUGAGAUUGUGGGUGGAUCCGGUGUCAUCGGCAUGCUUGAAGCAUGGAAAACCUUCGAGUGGGGCUCCCGUCUCAGACUCUUGAAGGCUUACGGAAAGGUUCUAGCGAUGCAGUUUGCGGUGGCUGUCUUCUUCACCCUAAUUUUCGCUGCUCAGAUUUACCUUGUCGUAGGCAAGGAUCUCGCUAAACUCUUUCCAGACAAUGGAAACAACGGAAAGGAGACUGAAAUUUAGAUUCUAUUGAAAUCACAUAAGCAGAUGUCAAUAGAUUUCAAGCCCUGGAUCAUCACUCCGUG